AUGGCAAGGACCAGAAGCUCUCGACAAAGAUUGGUAAGCACUCAUGACGAGGAACAAGGUGUUAAUACUGAAGAUGGAGCACUCAAUUUACAUAACGAAGUAACCAAUGCUGAAGAACCUCAGACUCCUCAUGUACUGGAAAAUAAGAAAAAAGUCAUUAAAGUGGUUCCUCGUACCCGAUUAGAUGAUGAAACCAUUGGAGAACAUGAACAAUAUUUUGAAGUAGUCGAAUUAAAUCGCGUUGCAAGCUUGAAUAAUAACUUACCACUAGAAACAAGCAGUGCUAGACAUCCUCCAAUAUAUGGGAUCACUCCUAUUGAACUUCCAACUACUAAUGAUCAUGAGGAAGUCUUUAUAGAUUUAUCAAAUUUGAAUCGUUUAGAGUUUGAUUCAGUCGCAAAAAUCAAUGAACCACUUGGCAAAUUGGCUAACUAUUUUCAGGAAAGUGUUUUAAAACAUAUAUGUUACAGCAAAGAAGACUUGAUUCAAAUGGGAUGCGAAGAUCUAUUUCAAUUUGGUUUCAGUAAUGAGGAAGAUAAUCUAAAUCAUGGUGCUUUCUAUGAACAAGAAAACGAGAAAAUACUAGAAGAGGUACGUAAAAAGGGAGCUAUCUGGAGCACAUUUGAAGAGUUAGGGAUUCUUUUUAAUAGAGUUCCAUUGUAUGUCAAAAAUAGAUGGGAAAGAAUCGAUCAACGUCUUAAUGAUUCUAGUGAUAUCCCAGAAGUGUUUGAGACUUCAGAAAAUAUAAUUGAAGAAGAUGAACUAUCAGACGAAUCCGAUUCUGAUGAUCUUGACAGUGAUCCACAAAGUUACGAUCUACACCUCAUUAGAUGCUUAGCUACUCAUUGUUUGAACACUCAUUCAAUAGGAGUGAUUGGUAAUUCUGAAGAGUUCUUUUUUGCUGUUUCCAAAUUAACAAGGAGUUCGUCAGCCGUGAUUAGAGGAAAAUAUUAUAAUUUGAUCUUAAUUCAUUUGAAAGAAGCUAUACAUUUUGCAUUGGAUACGCUUAAUAGUAAAUUUGGUUCAAAUUUUAGGGCAUAUAUGAAAUAUAAUAUUUAUCAAAAUUUAUUCAACAAUGUGGAUAACAGAUACAGGGUAUUUACUUAUUCAGAAAGUGAUUUAGUUAAUCUUGGUUUGCGUCAUCUUAGUUUUCUAGGUUUUGCUGCUCCACAAGUAUCAUUUCAAAAUGGAAAACUUACUGAAGAAGAACAUGCUAAAAUAAUAGAACAAAUGGAACUGGUACCUUUUAAUAAAGACCUAUGUCUACAACUUUACAACAAAAAACUUAUUGCUCGUACCCCAUUCAAUAUUUUGGGAAGACUCGAAAAAGAAUAUGGAGCUCAAUUUCAAACUAAUUCAAAAAAGCAUGAGAUUCAAUCUUAUCCAUACAAAAAAGAAGAAGAAAUAAUUUAUUUAAGAUGUCUUCUCACUUAUGCAUAUAAUAGGAAUUUAAAUUUACCAAUUCAAUUCUUGGAAAUGGAAUUCUAUUUAGGGGUUGCUGAAAUCUUACCUGUUCGAAGUUGUUUCGCCUUGAGGAAAUUGCAACGAUAUGUAAUUGCACCAGCCGGUAUCAAAGCCUUCGAAUUUUUGUUUGUACAAGAUGAGUACCAAAAUUUGAAGGAGUACCUUGAUUCAGAAUAA